CUCCCACCAUGCCUAUAUCGCCCUUACGAUUUUGCACGUUCGUAGCUACGGUAGCGUAUGCGCAGCGCAUUGGUACCUACGAGCCAGAGAUCCACCCCAAAUUCCCCAUCACAUCUUGUGCUCCCGGCGGCGCAUCAUGCACAACGCUCAACACCUCUCUCGUCAUGGACGCAGAAUGGCGCUGGAUCCACAAGGACAACACCUAUACCAACUGCUACUCGGACGGCUCCUGGAACACCACUAUAUGCCCUGACGGCGCGACUUGUGCCGAGAACUGCGCAUUGGAUGGUGCCUUGUACCAGGGUGUGUACGGUGUCACUGUCAAGAAUAGAAACCUCACGCUGCAGUGGAAAACGUAUUUUGGGUUUGCGCAGAACGUGGGGAGCAGGUUGUUCGUGCUGGAUGAGGGGGUUGAGGACAGGUAUAAGAUGUGGAAGCUGUUGAACAGGGAGAUUGCGUUUGACGUUGAUGUUAGUGAGUUGCCGUGCGGAAUGAGUGGGAAUCUAUAUCUUGUAGGGAUGGAUGAGGAUGGUGGGAUGGAACGGUACAAGAGAAAUAGGGCUGGCGCACGGUACGGUACCGGUUACUGUGAUGCGAAUUGUUCGCAGAAUCUGAGAUUUAUCUCUGGAGAGGCCAACGUAGAAGACUGGCAACCGAAUCCUAUCGAUAACCUCUAUGCAGGCAAAGGGAAGUACGGCUCGUGCUGCCCCGAGGUGGACAUCUGGGAAGCGAACUCCGUGUCCAACGCACUUACUGCACACCCAUGUUUUGCACCCAAUCAAUCACGCUGCUGGGGGCCGGCUUGCGACGCGAUGUGUGAUGUAGACGGUUGCGAUUUCAACAGCUAUCGUCUGGGAAACACAUCGUUCUACGGUCCUGGGAAGAUCAUCGACACAACGAAGAAAUUCACCGUAAUCACACAAUUCCUGACGCAUAACGACUCCGACACUGGAGACUUGGUCGCAAUUCGGAGGAAGUAUAUCCAGAAUGGCGUCAAUUUCUCUGAAACCAUAGGCCAGAUCCCGUCCGUUGACCCAUUUUCUGGGAUCACUGAUUCGUUUUGCCGCCAGCAGAAGGCUGCGUUCGGCGAACAGGACACCUUUACUAAAAGGGGUGGGAUUGCGGCCAUUAGCACAGCGAUGGAGCGCGGUAUGGUGCUCGUCUUUGCUAUCACAGAGGAUCAAGACAGACACAUGCUUUGGUUAGAUUCGAAUUGGCCGGUUGAUGCGAAGUCAACCGCCCCUGGGGUGGCUAGAGGGUCGUGUGCGACGGAUUCCGGCGACCCACAGGGGCUGCUGCACACGCAGGGUCGGGCUAGCUUCGGGAAUAUAGUAGUAGCAGGUAUUGGGCGGGCUGAAGCGGCGUUGUAG